CCGGAGUGAUAAGCCAUCACUCACCUCUUCAGAUCUCAGCAGCGAGGCUACUAAAGGAGAGGGAGACACACAGAGACAGAGCAAAGCGGGCUGCAGAGCACCCAGACAGUGCCGGGUCCGGCAGCACAACUCCCUAGCAAGCUGCGGCUGCUCGGGAACUCGUCUUCGCCUGUCAUUAUUUUUGCCCAGGGGGCAGUGGCAGGAGGCGCUGUUUCAAGCCCAGCGCGCACGCUGCGUCCCUGGAGCGGAAGGCAGGGCGCUUGCCUUUGGGCUCGCUGGCUGCGCGGAGCGCACCGUUCGGCAGCCGGGAGCGACGAGCGAGCGGAGCUGCCAGGGCCGGAGCACGGAGCCACUCCAGAGGUCAGCACCGCGGAGAGCGCGCCGGCCCUGCCUUAGGCGGCUGAGCCCAGCCCAGGAGUCCGCGCUGCAGACCGGGCCCCGCGGUGAGCAGAGCCCGGAGUCGCACCUCGUGGAGCGCAGCCGGAGCGCAGCGACCCGAGGCUCCAGCACCCUGGAGAGCGCGCUGGGGGCCUGGGGGCCUGGGUUCAGCACCAAGGACAAGGCUCCGGGGUGAGCGCCCCAUGCCCCGGGCGCCCACCAGGGACCAGCACCAUGGAGAGGAGGCUGAACGUGAGCCCGGAGGCGCUCGACAGGCUCCUGGAGGAGCACAACAUGACCAGGGAAGAGUUCAUUGCCGCCUACGGCCUCAAACCCCUCGUCUACAUCCCAGAGCUGCCUCCCAGUGCCAAGGUUACCUUCCUGGUGCUCUACAUCAUCAUCUUCGCGCUGGCUCUUCUGGGCAACAGCCUGGUGGUCUACAUCAUCAUCCGGCGGAAAGCCAUGAGAACGGCCACCAAUAUUUUCAUCUGCUCCCUGGCGUGCAGUGACCUGCUGGUCACUUUCUUCUGCAUCCCUUUCACUCUCCUGCAGAACGUCUCCUCAGAGUGGCUAGGUGGCCCCUUUGUGUGCAAGAUGGUCCCCUUCAUUCAGACCACGGCAGUUGUGGCCAGCACCCUUACCAUGACAUGCAUUGCUGUAGAGAGGUACCAAGGAAUAGUUCACCCACUGAAGAUGAAGAGACAGUACACAAACAAGAGAACCUACAAAAUGCUAGGAUUCGUAUGGACGAUUGCAGUCAUUGUUGGGUCGCCCAUGCUGUACGUUCAGACUCUGGAGGUGAAAUAUGACUUUCUCUAUAAUAUUCAUCAUGUCUGCUGUCUGGAGUCCUGGCAUAGCAUUGAGCUGCGCCGUGCUUAUGCAAUCUUUAUCCUGGUGGCCUUGUUUCUGGUGCCACUCACGGCCAUGCUGAUGCUCUACUCCCGGAUAGGAUACGAGCUGUGGAUCAAGAAACGGAUUGGAGACUCUUCAGUAUUGAACACCCUGAGUCGCCAUGAAAUGGCUAAAAUAACAAGGAAGAAGAAACGAGCCGUGAUGAUGAUGGUUAUUGUAGUGCUGUUCUUCGCUGCGUGCUGGGCACCUUUUCACGUUGUCCACAUGUUGUUUGAAUACAAUAACCUGGAGGAAAGCUACGAUGAUGUCACCGUAAAGAUAAUCUUUGCCAUCGUCCAGGCCGUCGGGUUCUUUAACUCUUUCAAUAACCCCGUGGUCUACACUUUUAUGAAUGAGAACUUCAAGAAGAGCUUCGUGGCUAUUCUCUUCUGCAGUUUGCGGAGCCCUGAGCCAGCCGACAAGCAGGAGAGCCAGCAGCUGGAAAGGGCCAAAAUGGGACCCUCGAACUGUGGCAUCAGGAAGGAGGGCAGAAGCUUGCACAGCCACCUGAGUGCAGAGAACCUGGAACUGAGACUCUGUGAGCAGGUGCCAUCCGCAAAGCUGGAGUCAGUGCUUUCAGUGGCGGUCAUUACCUACCCCAUGGUGACCACCCAUAAGGAGAUACUGCCCAAUGGACAGUCAGCAUGAUUGCUGCUGACUUCAAGUACACACUGUGCUUCAUGGAUCAAAAUAACUUUGCUUUAGGGAGCAGUAUCCACUUUAAUGAAAACAAGCCACACUGAGUGCUUUAAUAUUUCCAGUGUUCUCUUUCGUCAUUGGUUUCUAUAUUUCACUCUAAUUUCCAGCUGCCCAGGUCUCCAUCUCAAAUGUAACCUGUGGAAUAUGGGACCAGGUAUGGAUGAGUUUCAGAGGAUAAAAGGCUGCCAGUUUUCCAAAGGGAUGGGGAGAGAGGGUGGUAGAAUGUUCCUUUUUUAAUUAUUGCUAUUUUAUUCAUCUUCCCUCUUGAGCUGAUGGUUCCAUCCAACCCCAAACAAAUCAGGUUAAUUGGGGCUGAACCAACAGCCUCCUUGUCUCCUUGUCUUCAGUAGGUGUUGAAGGUGCUUUGCACCUUACAGGAUGAGACGCGCACCCCCGUAAAUUAGAAGCUGGAAAUGCAUGAACCAUGGAAACCUAGUUUUAGGAACCGUCUGCUCUUGCCUGACUCUCAGACAUGGGGAUGGGGAUAAGACAGCAUGCUCUGUGCACAGGGCCUCUUUCACGGACUUUGCUCAAGAGUCCACGCUGCUAUCAGCUGCCUGAGCUGACAAAACAAUGUUGCAUCCCACGGAGCCUGCUGCUGCUGCUCAUACACUGGUGUCAGAUCUGUGUGAGGAGCUGGGAAGGAAAAGGUUUCUCCAGCCCACGAGUGUUUUUGGAGAUUUCAAAAUUUUUUUCCCAUCCCAAAAAGUCAAAAUCUCCAAAAUUUUCAUGAAUCAAAAAAAUCUAAAAUUCAGGAACUGUUGAAAUAUUUUGUCUUGAUCUUUUUUUCUAACAAGAAUAAUACUUCAUGAUUUAAUUAAUACCAAAUCUAACUAAAAUUUUACAUGCACAAAAAAAAAGCCUUUUUGAACAGAAAAUGUGUUUCCAAAAUGGCUGGCAAGUCCUGUUUUGACCUCUUUUCCAACCGUUUGGGAAAUACAAUUCACAAAUGUUUUGAAACGGGAGAUUCCUCAGCAGCGACCCUUUCCUGUGCACUGCUUCAGUUUUGACGAAUCAGCAUUUUCAAACAAAAAGAAGGUUUUGGCUGAAAAUUCCUGACCAGCUGUACAGAUGUUGCCCCAUUGACUUCAGUGAAGUUAUUCCUCAUUGCCACCUGGAUGAAAGCAGACUAAUUCUGAAUGCCCGUGAGGCUGUUGUGAAACAACGGGGGAAUGACCAGCUUGCCGCAUCAGCACAGACAUUCAUCAUGUGCAGGGAGGAAAGGCUGAUGUCUGUUUUAUACCAGAAGCUACUGUUCUCGUGCAUAUUGCUGUUGCACUUGCCUGCAUGCUCUACAGUCAAAAAUGUGCCUGCCUAGCAAUGCUACAUAGUAAUUACUGGUUUGAGGUGGGUUAAGUGUGUUGAGAUAUUUUCCUUACUGUGAAAAUUCACUAGCAUCCAUGCUUCUGUUGUAAAGCCUUUUCUUUCCAAUAAGAAAAAUUUGCUUUUGAAAUCUACAUGGCAUUGGCCCCUGAAGCAAAAGUCUACACAUCUUUGAAGCUGUUGUUGUUGUUAGGUCGAUUGCUACUCUGGGUUCUACGUCAGUUAUACGUUUGGAGAAUAAACCGUUGACUGAGAACACCA